UGUCCCUGUCCUUGGCCAUCCAUGAUCGUGCCUCUAGAAACAAGCUAAAACCCUGAUUCUAGGGUUUUCCAUUUUGGCUUCAACCUUUCCCUCCAUUUUCUAUGCUCAAAAUUUACUGGUAAUUAUUAUGCUAAUAUCAGUGGAACUACUUUAGCAUUUAUCUAUCUAGCCAGAGCUACUGCUGGAUCAACGUUUGUGAAGAUAUGCUGCAUCCAAGUGUAUUUUUGGUCGUUUUCCUUCUUCUCACAGUGCAGGAAACGGCGUCGCAUUUGGCUUCUGGACCUCAUAUUGCUGAUGUGAACAUACUGCUCCCUCCUAAGAUGACGCAUCCUGUGGAGUAUCGGCUUCAAGGAAGUGAUGGCUGCUUCAAAUGGUCAUGGGAUCAUCAUGAUAUUUUAUCUGUUCUACCUGAAUAUAAUUUAACCAGCCACUGCUCUACAAGUGCUCGGUUGAGAUCUAUUGCCCCUUUUAGUGGUCGCAAGGAGACUGCAGUUUAUGCGGCUGAAGUACACUCUGGAAUUGUAGUUCGCUGCAAAGUUUUUAUUGAUAACAUUUCCAGAAUUCAGAUAUUCCAUAAUUCUAUUAAACUGGAUUUGGAUGGGCUGGCUACUCUCCGAGUUCGUGCCUUUGAUAGUGAAGAUAAUGUGUUCUCAUCAUUAGUGGGCCUGCAAUUCAUGUGGCAGCUGAUACCUGAGGCUGUUGGAUUGCCUCACCACCUUGUUCAUGUUCCUCUGAAGGAGUCUCCCUUGAGUGACUGUGGUGGAUUGUGUGGAGAUUUAAACAUCCAAAUAAAACUCGAAGAUAGUGGUGUAUUCUCUGAUUUAUAUGUGGUGAAAGGCAUUGGAAUUGGACAUGAAAAUGUGUAUGUGCAUUUGCUCGAGCCACAAUUUAAGCGUGUUGCUGAAAAGAUUGUUCUAACUGUAGCAGAAGCAAUGUCACUUGAGCCUCUCUCACCUGUUUUUGUUCUCAUUGGUGCCGCUUUUCAUUAUAGUCUUAAAGUUAUCCGUGGAAAUAUACCACAAGUUGUAACUCUACCAUCUCCACAUCAUAGAUGGUUUGUUUCGAACUCCACUAUUGCUGAGGUGGACUCUAUGAUGGGAUUUGUUCAUGCAAUGAACUUAGGGGUAACGACUGUCGUUGUUGAGGAUACCAGAGUUGCUGGCCACAUACAAAUGUCUUCACUUAAUGUGGUUCUCCCAGAUAGUUUACGACUGUACAUAAUGCCGUUAUCCAUUUCUGGUGAUCAUGUGGAAGGAGUGAAAGCCAUUCCAUCUAUGGAACCUUGGUAUGUUGUUUCUGGCCGCCAGUAUCUUAUUCAAAUGAAGGUUUUCUCAAGGGGACCUGAUGUGCAUGAAAUCUACAUUACAGAGACUGAUGAUCUUAAGCUGCAUGACGAGCGGUCUAAUUACUGGACAACUUUCUUGCCGUCAGAGGAUAUUGAGGCCAAAUACGGCUGGCAUAAUUCUAGAAUCCUGAGAGCAACCUCACAGGGGCAGGGAGAACUGACAGCUUCUUUAAGUUAUUUUAGUGGGCACCAAGAGACAAAGGAGGUUAUUGGUGUUGUGCAAGAAGUGAUCGUUUGUGAUCAAGUGAAGUUUAUUUUGGACAGAACAACUGGUGCAUCUCAAAAUAUUCUCCUUCCCUGGGCCCCUUCUGUUUACCAGGAGACGGAGCUAAAGGCUUUAGGAGGUUGUGCUCAAGUAUCCAGUGAUUACAAAUGGUUUUCUUCAGAUGUGGCUGUUGUAUCAAUAUCUGCGUCAGGCAUUGUUCAGGCAAAGAAGCCUGGUAAAGCAACAGUCAGAGUAGUGUCCAUUUAUGAUCCAUUUAAUUAUGAUGAGCUGAUUGUGGAAGUUUCUAUUCCAUCAUCCAUGAUUAUACUGCAGAAGUUCCCUGUAGAGACUCUUGUGGGAUCACAUCUUCAAGCUGCUGUGACAAUGAAAGCAUCUAAUGGUGCCUUUUUUUAUAGUUGCAAUGCCUUCCACUCAUUCAUAAAAUGGAUAACUGGAAGCGAGUCUUUUGUUGUUGUCAAUGCAACAAAGGAGCCACCUGUUUUAGAAAAGCUUGGAAAUGUUGAGCUACAUGACUCUGUUUAUGGUCCACCAUGCUCAUGGACCUCUGUAUAUGCUUUAGAUUCUGGUCAGACCAUGCUGCAUGCGGUACUGUCAAAAGAAUAUGACCACUAUGAUCAUUCUUUCCAUGAACCUAUAAUUUUGAAAGCAUCAUCACGUAUUGCAGCAUAUCCACCAUUAAUUGUGCGUCAAGUGGGUGAUGGUAACCAGUUUGGUGGGUACUGGUUUGAUUUGGCUCAUGUUGAAGCAAGUAAUCAACUGGAAAAUUUAGAGAGGUUAUAUCUUGUCCCUGGAACAAGUCUAGAUGUUAUUCUCCUUGGAGGACCUGAAAGCUGGGACAAAGGUGUUGACUUCAUUGAAACUGUCGAAAUAUUGGAUGACAAACACACUGACUCUAAAGAUGGGGUUCAUGUACAUCCAGUGUUUGGGAGAUAUCAGAGUAUGUAUAGAGUCUCGUGCCAAAAUCUGGGAAUAUUUAAAUUGGUUUUCAAACGUGGGAAUGCAGCUGGAGAUGACCACCCUCUGCCAGCGAUAGCAGAAGAUAUAUUGACUCUCACAUGUAGAAUUCCUUCUUCAAUUGCACUCAUAGUUGAUGAACCUCUUAACAGACAUGAAGCUAUAAGGAAUGCUGCUCUUGCUGACCGUAGCAAAGGGAAAAUCCAAUUGAACUCCAUUACAGUGGCAAAUGGGCGAACUAUUCGUAUAGCUGCAGUUAGCAUUGAUUCUUCUGGAGAAACUUUUGCAAACUCAUCUUCUCUUGCUUUGAAAUGGGAAUUGAGCAGCUGUGAAGGGCUGGCAUAUUGGGAUGCAGAUGAAGCUAAGUUGUCUAAAUCAAGUUGGGAGAGUUUUUUGGUUUUGCAAAAUGAAUCGGGGGAGUGCAUAGUUCGUGCUGCUGUUAUAGGCUUUUGUGAUGCCAUAGUUGGUCAUUAUUCUGCCCAACUGCCAACUUCAAAGAUUGUUCUUACAGAUGCUAUGCGUUUACGGCUUGUUUCUACAUUGAGAGUCAAUCCAGAGUUCAACUUGUUAUUUUUCAAUCCCAACGCUAAGGUAAAUUUGUCAAUUACAGGGGGAAGCUGUCUUUUAGAAGCUGCUGUGAAUGAUUCUCAUGUGGUAGAGGUUAUUCAAUCCCCACCAGGCAUGCAGUGCUUUCAUUUGACUCUCUCCCCUAAAGGGUUGGGGACUGCACUUGUGACAGUUUUUGAUAUUGGGCUUGCUCCUACUAUUACAGCUUCUGCUGUGGUCCAAGUAGCGGAAGUAGACUGGAUUAAGAUUGUGUCGGGAGAAGAAAUAAGCCUUAUGGAAGGAGAGUCAUCAUCCAUAGAUCUAAUGGCUGGUAUUAAAGAUGGAAGUAUAUUUGACACUAAUCAGUAUGCUUACAUGGAGUUUCAUGUAUGGAUUGAGGAUGAUAUAGUUGAACUUGUAGAUGAUAAUGAUAUCCCAAGUUCCAGUGGUGGGCGCGUUAAUAGACCAAACUUCAAAAUUAUUGCUAGAAAUCUUGGGAUCACAGCUCUUUAUGUCAGUGCCAAACAACAAUCUGGACAUGAAAUACUGAGCCAACCAAUAAAGAUAGAAGUCUAUGCACCAUUGAGAAUUCACCCGCAUGAUAUAUUCUUGGUACCAGGUUCAUCUUAUGUGCUUACUGUGAAAGGAGGCCCAACUAUUGGUGUGGAUGUUGAGCAUGCAACCUUGGAUGACAGAAUAGCAACCAUUGACAGAUCUUCUGGACAAGUAUCUGCAAUUUCACCUGGGAACACGACAAUCGUUUCCACAGUCUAUGGGAAUGGAGAUGUUGUGAUUUGUCAAGCAUAUUGUAAUGUUAAAGUGGGAGUUCCUUCUUCAGCGAUAUUGAAUGUACAAAGUGAACAGCUUGAUGUUGGUCGUGACAUGCCAAUACAUCCUUCAUUUCCUGAGGGUGAUCUAUUUUCCUUUUAUGAGCUCUGCAAAAAGUACAAGUGGACUGUAGAUGAUGAAAAGGUGUUGAAUUUCUACAAAGCAGAAGGCUUAAAUGGUGAAAAGAAUUGGUUCCAAUUGGAUGACGAGAAAGAACUUGGUUUUAUCAAAGUGUUGUAUGGAAGUUCUGCAGGCAGGACAAGUGUUGCGGUUGCAUUUACAUGUGACUUUGUUUCUACUUCUUACUCACAGACUAGACUUUACAAUGCAUCCAUAUCGUUAUUGGUUGUUCCUGAUCUACCUCUUGCUCUUGGAGUUCCAAUAACAUGGAUUCUUCCUCCUCAUUACAUUACAUCUAGUAUUUUGCCUUCUUGUUUGGAAUCACAUGGCCUAUCAGAUUGUCAGAGUCGCAAAGGAACAAUUACCUAUUCUUUACUAAGAAGUUGUGAAAAGAAUGAAGUUUGGCAAAAGGAUGCAAUUUCUAUAGAUGGAGAUAGAAUUAAAACAAUGGAGAGCACAAAUCUCGCAUGCAUACAGGCCAAAGAUCGGACAACUGGAAGGAUUGAGAUUGCAUCUUGUGUUAGGGUUGCUGAGGUGGCUCAAAUAAGAAUAACAAGCAAGGAGUUUCCGUUCCAUGUAACUCAUGUUGCUAUCGGCGCUGAACUUGAUCUUCCCAUAAGCUAUUUCGAUGCUUUAGGAAAUCCCUUCUUUGAAGCACACAAUGUUGUUUCCUAUCAUGCCGACACUAACUAUCAUGAUAUUGUCUCCAUAGAUGAUACAAAAAAUGGUAGUGGGGGAAUCCAUCUGAAGGCAAUGCGUUAUGGUAGAGCUCUUUUACGAGUAUCAUUCAGCAGUAAUCCAGAGAAGUCUGACUAUAUGCUGAUCUCUGUUGGUGCCCAUGUAUUUCCUCAAAACCCUGUCCUUUGUCAAGGAAGUUCACUUGAUUUCAAUGUUGAAGGGAUUGAUGAUCAUGUCUCUGGCCGCUGGCUUAGUGCUAAUGAAAGUGUCAUAUCUGUAGAUAUGACAUCAGGAAAAGCUGAAGCAGUUGGGAUAGGUUCGACCCAAGUAGCUUUUGAAUCUCCAAGUAUGAAAUUGCAAACAGCAGUUAGUGUGCUAUCGGGAAAUGUUGUCACUAUUGAUGCUCCGAAAGAGAUGCUAACAAAUGUUCCUUACCCAACAAAAGGAUAUAGCUUCUCUGUGAAGUUCAGUGACCCUCACCAAAAGUUUGAUGCUGUCAAAAAUGGUAAAGAAAUGUCAUAUGACUGUAAGGUUGAUCCUUCUUUUGUUGGGUAUGCAAAGCCAUGGAUGGAUCUUGACACGGGUAAUUCCUAUUGCCUCUUCUUCCCAUACUCACCAGAGCAUUUGGUACGCUCAAUACCCAGAAUGAAGGAUAUGAGACCUUAUAUAUCUGUUUCUAUUAAUGCUUCACUCAAAGAAGCCAACCAUGUCUCUGGAUCUGUAUCUGCACUUUUUAUUGGAGGCUUUUCCAUAUUGGAGAUGGACAAGAGUUUAAUGCAGUUGAAUCUGACACCAGACUCCAACAAGACUAUAAUAACCAUCUUGGGUAAUACAGAUGUUGAUAUCCAAUGGCAUAACCAGGAUUUUAUAAAGAUCAGCCCUAUCCAUAAAGAAGAUUUUGGUAUUGGUGGUUGUGCAGAUUAUGAGGUCAAAGUGCUAAAAGCCAAGAGAUUCAAGGAUAAAAUUAUCAUCGCACUUCCAGCCAAUAGUCAGAGAGUUGAAAUAGAUGUUAAUUAUGAACCUGAUGCUGGAGAUGCAUCAAAAGCCAUCUUCAAAAGCAGCAUAUUUCUAAUGGUAGCUGGGUGUUUAGUUGCGGCACUGGGAACGAUAUUUAUUUUCAAAAAUUUCAUUAGGAUGUCCAACAGAACUCAGCCAUAUCCAACCCCUGCUACUCCAAGUAUUACAGCACCUCUUACACCCGAGCGUAGUAGCCCUAUUUUGAACGAACAGUCACCUCGAACACCUCAGCCUUUUGUAGACUAUGUGAGAACGACAAUAGAUGAAACUCCAUACUACAAGCAAGAAUCUAGGAGGAGGAAAAUUUUUAUUGGAGGUUUAGCCAGGGAGACUACUUCUGCACAAUUUGUCAAGCAUUUUGGUAAAUAUGGUGAAAUUACUGAUUCUGUUAUAAUGAAGGACCGAAAGACUGGCCAACCUCGUGGUUUUGGGUUCGUAACCUAUGCAGAUCCCUUAGUUGUUGACCAAGUUAUUCAGGACACACAUAUUAUUAAUGGCAAACAGGUGGAAAUCAAGCGAACCAUACCAAAGGGAGCUAUUGGAUCGAGGGAUUUCAAGACAAAAAAGAUUUUUGUUGGUGGAAUUCCUACAGCUGUGACUGAAGAUGAGUUCAAAGAAUUCUUUACACAAUAUGGUGAGGUCAUUGAACACCAGAUCAUGCGAGACCACUCUACUAACCGCUCUCGUGGCUUUGGAUUUAUUACAUUUGACUCGGAGCUGGCAGUGGAUGAUAUUUUGGCCAAAGGGAAUAAGCUUGAGUUAGCUGGAACUCAGGUGGAGAUCAAGAAGGCAGAGCCAAAGAAGGCCAACCCUCCACCGCCCCCUUCCAAGCGUUAUAAUGAUUCAAGAUCUGCAUUUGGUAGUGGAUUGGGUGAUGCGUAUGAUGGAUACAUAGGCAGUGGCUUUGGUGGUGGUGGUGGUGGUGGUUAUAGGUCUGGCGGAGUUUAUGGAGAUAGAGCCAGUACUUAUGGUGGAUAUAAUGGGGGUGAAUUUGGUGGAUAUGGAGGAUAUGGCAGUGGUGGCAUUGCGUCUUAUAGAGGGGAGCCCUCUUAUGGAUAUUCUGGUCGGUAUGGAGGAGGCUUUAGCAGGGGUUAUGAUUUUGGAGGUGGUUAUGGUGGCUCUGGUGAGGGUUAUGGUGGAUAUGGCAGUGGCAGUGGUGCUGGUGGAUCUGGCAGUGGCUAUGGAGGUAGCUAUGACACUGGCCUCGGAGGUGGGUAUGGGGGUAGCAGUGGAGGUUCUUUCUACGGAAGUAGAGGAUAUGGUGGCGCUGGCAUGGGUAGAUACCACCCCUAUGGGAGGUAGGAAAAAAAAAGGUUAUGGAAAGAUUUUUGGGAUUAUAAAGUGCAACGGCCAAGUGAAGUUGCCGCAACUGUAGUAUUUGAGCUAGUUGCCAAUUCAGUAGCUUGUGCUCAGGUUUUUUAAGCUUGUCAAGGUGGUGCCUGGAAUUUGUCCACUCAAUGUUCAAUCAUCCUCUCUCUCUCUCUCUCUCUCUCUCUCUCUCUCUUUCUGUGAGACUAGACAAUCUAGGAGAUCUUUUUCUUUUUUUUUUUUUUUUUUUCAAUUUGAAUAGCACCCAUGAAUUACAAAUUGUGGAGAUGUACCCUCACUCUGAUUGUUCAAGGACACCUGGUAAUACAAGUUGGGAAUUGGUAUUUACCCAUUUUUAUUU